UGAAGAGAAGAUUUAAAAUUUGGAAGAAAAACAAAAUACAUAUAUUUUUAAGGACGAAAUCACACUCAAAACCAAGUUCGUUGAUUUGCUUUCAGCUUAUGAAAUCAGGUCUUCAAAUUUGAGCUUUGGAAACCUGAUUUCAUUUCAUCUCUUUCCUACUAGCUCUUCACAACAUUUAUAUGCAUUUUUAGAGAAAGAAGAAGAUGGGUUGCUCAUUUUCUGGAUUGAAUGCUCUGUAUGACGCCGUUAAUGGCGGAGGAGAUGUCUGGAUCAAUGAGAAUCGCUUCAAGAUCGUCAGGCAGCUCGGUGAAGGUGGCUUUGCCUAUGUCUUCCUGGUCAAAGAGGUACCCUCCGACAAUUCCUCCGCCUCUGCCGGUGGUGGUCUCGCCAAGAAAGUCAAAGACACCUCACACCUCUCUGAUGAUGGGACUUAUGCUAUGAAAAAGGUUCUCAUUCAGAAUAGUGAACAGUUGGAGUUGGUGAGAGAGGAAAUUCGUGUUUCAUCGCUUUUUAGUCAUCCUAAUCUACUUCCGCUUCUUGAUCAUGCCAUUAUUGCUGUCAAGCCUACACAAGAAGGAUCUUGGAAGCAUGAAGCAUAUUUGUUGUUUCCAGUUCAUUUGGAUGGAACAUUGUUGGACAAUGCUAACACUAUGAAAGCUAAAAAGGAGUUAUUCUCAACCACCGAUGUUCUUCAUAUAUUCCGACAGCUUUGUGCAGGACUCGAGCACAUGCACAAUUUAGAUCCACCAUAUGCUCAUAAUGAUGUCAAGCCUGGUAAUGUCCUCAUAACUCAUAGGAAAGGACAACCACCACUAGCCAUAUUGAUGGAUUUUGGCAGUGCUCGGCCUGCAAGGAGGCAGAUUCAAUCUCGUUCCGAGGCACUACAAUUGCAGGAAUGGGCAUCUGAGCAUUGUUCAGCACCUUUUCGAGCUCCUGAGUUGUGGGAUUGUCCAAGUAGUGCAGAUAUCGAUGAGAGAACUGAUAUUUGGUCAUUAGGAUGCACUUUAUAUGCGAUAAUGUAUGGAGUGUCUCCAUUCGAAUAUGCACUUGAUUCUGGAGGGAGCUUACAACUGGCAAUUGUCAAUGCACAAGUAAAGUGGCCGGGUGGUCCUAAACCAGCAUAUCCUGAAGCUCUUCACCAGUUUGUAACAUGGAUGCUUCAGCCUCAACCCGCAGUUCGCCCUCGCAUCGAUGAUAUCAUAAUUCAUGUGGACAAGUUGGUCUCAAAGUUCUCAAGUUGAUAUAAUAAAUAAAUGAAAGUACAACUCAGUAUCGCUGUUCGUGUCAUUACUUCCAGCAGCGAACAAGGUUAUCUAAAAAAGGCGAUCAUUUUGCAUUCCUUUUGUACUUUAAAGUAUAAUAGAAAAUAUUGAAGCCAUUGCAGUUAUUUCUUUUUUGGGUAGUUUUGGCAGUUCUGCAUUGGUUAAUGCUAAUGUAUUUGUUCAGUCUCAACUGUUUGAUUUCAUUCUUGUAAAAUUCACUAGGUUCAUCCUCCCUUGGCAUCCAUAGGUUUUAUCAAUUUGAUUUGAAUAGUAAAAACUCGAUAAUUAUGAUACCAACCUCACUUUUAUUGAAUAUUUUUAAUUCUUA